AUGCCCUGGACCUUCUUGGUGGCCGGCCCGGUCCGUGUGCGCAUAUCCGACAGACAGUACCUGAUCUCGGCCUCGAAUUCGAUCUCCAAUGGAGACUUUUCGAAAUCCGUAGAAGAAGACAUUGGCAAGAUUAAAGUGUCUAUUAAAACCUCAUUCUGCCAGUUCAAAUACCGGGUUGGGGGGUUUGGUUUUUGGAAAAAUAAAAAUUUGCACACUACUUUUGCACUAAAUUACAACAAGCGGACUCUCGAAACCUCAUUUGCACGGGAAAAUCAGCGUCCCGCCAUGUUUGUUCGAGUUCCUUCCAAGACCGCCGUCCCCACUAGACUUUCUGCGGCGAUAUCCAGCCGUCAGAUUGGCUCGUUUAUCCGCAGUGUGCUAUGUAUGGAUCCUCCGCCUUCACCAGACGAUCCAACCCCGGACAAUAGAUUCCACUACUGGGACCAAUCGCCGUCCCCGGACUUGAGAAUGAGAGCGGCCUCCAUCAGAGCCAAUGCCAAAUGUCCGGUGACAAAGAAAGAAAUCAACUAUACCUGUCCAUAUUCAGGAAUCCCAACACACCAUUCCCAAGAAGCAUGGGAGCAAGACAAAGAAUACCACGAGUCCAAGAAAUACGAAAUUUUGAAAAAAGUCAACAUCUACGAACACGAUUUGAGAUCUGGUAGACAGUUCCCGGAGUUUGAUUUCCCUUCGUACCAGGCGCAAGAUACGUUGGUUAAUUUCGCCAAUUGGGACACCUAUUUGUACACGAGACGCUUUUACUCGAUGGACACAGAGUUCCAGCUGGCUGUUGUCACUAAGAUGUUGAGUUUCCCAGCCACCAUCGCAUCCAUCUUGCACCAAUACUCUCCGUACUUCUUGAAGCCAAAAGGUCCUGUUUCCGUGGAAGGUCUCAAGAGUUUGGCUGCUCUGAGAUACACCUUGUAUCCGGAGGCCAGAAUCUCGUCGCUCAAGGACCGUCCAAUGCGUAUCUUCCUGUUGAACUCCAAGUCCGAGUCCAUGUUGCCAGGUUUUGUUUGGAAAGAGUUAACUUAUUUGUUCCCCGGCAUUUCGUUCGAAUUGCACUUUAUUGGACCGGAGUCGUACUACGACAGAGAGAAGAAACAGUAUCUAGUUUCCGAAAGACCAUUUGUCAAGAGAAUCGACGACACCAUGUGUUUCUACUACCACACCCAUGAUUUCAACGUGUUGCACGAGGCCCAGGACUUCUUCCCUUACGAUCCAUACUUGGACGUGUUUUUCUGCUUCCAUCCGCGUAUGGGAUCGGGCGAGUCCACAGAACUGUGGGAAAAGAGCGUUCCAGGUCUUCUGGACUCCAAGUGCGGAAUCUUCGUGACCGGAUACCACAAAGACGACAUCACGAAAGAUUACAACUGGCUAGUUGACAACUAUUCCAAGGACAUGGACAUUUUGAUGGACGUUGUUCCAAACGUUUUCGGAUCCACCAAGUGGGAGCUCAACGACUACAACCCGCAAGAGGUCUUCCAGUACAACCAGCAGACGUUUGGUUUCCGUGGAAAAAGAUAUCAUGCGAUCAAUCAAGAUACAUAG